AUGGAAGAAGGUCAUACUACUACUAUUAUUAGUUUUGUUGUCCUGACUCCUGACAUCGACUCAGCAUAUGAGUAUGGAAUAGGAAGUGAGGUUUCGACAUAUGGAGAUGUCUACAGCUUCGGCAUUAUCUUGUUAGAGAUGUUUAUAGGGAAGAUACCUACUGACCACGUCUUCAUGGAUGGUUUGAGCCUUCACAAGUGUGUGAAGAUGGCCAUCAGCGAACAAGUUUCUGAGAUUGCAGAUCCAUCACUUGUUCAAGUAGGCAAUCCCAGCCAGAGCACCAACAAUGCUCUUGAAGAAUGCUUGAGUUCAAUACUAGGAAUUGGAGUUGCAUGCUCUGUGGAAUCCGCAACAGACCGAAAGAUUAUCGGUGAUGCUGUGUCUGAACUUAAAAAGAUUUGA